UACCAGCAGUUAAUCUGAUGGAGAUCUGGCUGUUCUGAUGUUUCUUUGACCAGUUACCUUGCUUUCAUCUUAGGUCCUGUAUUGCUUUAUCCACCUCUGUUUGUCAGUCCCAACAUAGAUUUUCAUUGGUAAUGAUACCUGUGGAAAAUUUUCUGCAAACUAAAUAGUUUUUGUAAAAAAAGCCACAAUGAUGCCGUUCUAAUAUUUUAAUAUGCUGAAAUAUAUGGAACAAUAUCUUUCUUGACAGAAGGUAUAGCAGUUUAGUUGUUUAAAUAGUUCUCAGAAAUAAGGGUUUGGGGAAUGAGUGUUCUUCAACUAAACGUGCAUGGCACGUUUGUGUAUCUUUGACCUUUUACCUUUAUCUUCCUUUUCUGCUCAUAAGGUCAGUGUUCUCUAGAACUUUUGACUAUUUUUGUUUGUAGCAGCCACUGGAUGCUCAUAUCUCCUUAAUUAUAUGUUUUUGUGUAUUGCAAAACAAAAAUCAAUAAAUAAAUUUACUUAAGGGGCCAUCUUGAAAAGCACAAAGGCUGUGAGGCAGGAAUUAUCAAGUUAAUCACAAAAGCCUACCACCUUUACUCCAAUUUUCAAACACAAUGAAGAUGAUAUCUCAGUGGCUGAAUUGGAAAUCUAUAAUUAGUGUUCAGAUUUUUGCAUCAUUUGGUUCCAAAAAAUAAUAAUGGGAAAAUAAAAUGGCUGAUGCAACUGCUCAGUAGAUGCCUUUUUUAUAUGAUCCAAGAUUGUAUUUACAGAAGGAAUGUCUUCAUUUCAUAUCCAGGGAAAUAUUUUCCUUCUAGAGCACAGCUUUAGAAACCACAGGCUGAUUCUGCUGGCAAGUAGGUACACAUUAAAUAUUAGCAAUAGCAAUGCCAUUUGAUUGCUUGCCUUCUUUUUGUAUAAUAAUAGUUAUGAAGAACAACUUGCCUUUUCUUCCUCAGUAUUUCAAUUUAACAUUUUUUACAGUGUUAGGCUAUGGAACUGCUUAGAACCUUGAUUUCUGGUUUAAAUUAUUUUUCUGCUGCUGCAGGAGUAUUUAGGAAGGUUUCUAUUGUGUUACCUAUACCAUAUGUGUUCUCUUCUAAAAAUCAUCUUGUUACUUAAAGUGCUCCAAAUAAGGAAAAGAAAAAAGGAUACCUGGUGUUUUAUGGCUAGGUAUUGCUGAAUACAGGUUUUGUGUACCUGUAAACCAGCUGUACCUGUCUUGAGUCCAAAUGGUAUUGUGGUCCUCUGGCAAUAGCCAGUGAGGAGAACUAAAUACUGAAUGCUGCUAUGUAACUUCAAUAGUAGGUACUAAUGGAAGUUAUUUUCUGGUUAAUAAUAACCUAAGUACCUCAUUUAGAAGUAACUUUAUACUAAUUACAGAUACUGCUGUAUGCAAAUGAAGGCUUGUGAUUUUCAGUAAUUUUGGUAUCAGCUAGCAGGGUUCUUGCCAUACCACCAGGUGUGGUUGAAGCAGCCCCUGUGCAAUAUUCCAUGUGCUAACAGUGUUACUGUGUGAGCCAAAUGAUCAUCCUGCCUAACCUGCAUUUGGUUAGGCAGGGCAGUUAUGGACAGGACUACGGUCUUUGCCUGAAACCUUGGAUGAAAAUUCAGAUAAAAGGUGCUUGUAACAAUCACCAAACAACAGAUGACAGAAAUAAGACCUGUUCUGUUGAUUUCCCCAGUUGAGCAUGUGGAUGUUUGUGUUCUCCCACAUCUGUGUUCCCUUGAAUUCUUGUGAGGUGCCACCAGCCUGGGCUGCUGCAAUCCAUGUAAUCCUUGAGCUGCCAUUCACUGACACAGAGCAUCUUCUUUGGAACCCACAUGAUGCAUCCCUUGCUCUGAGGCAGAGUGAGUUUGCUUCAGCUGCAAGGUGCUUAGCUUGAGUUCUGCUGUCAGUUUUUAUUUGCCAUUGUGUUCCUCUCAUUCUGUAUUUGGACCAAGCUUAUUGAUUUAGUAGAUAGGUGCUGUUGCUGGUGUAUUGAUUCACUUGCAGUGCCAGCAGGAGUUGUUGGCAGAAGGAUCUCCCUUUUUCUUGCACAAGUUGCAAGCAAACAUGUAAUGCAUUCCUCACCAUUCCAGAGUUGUUUCGGUUUCUCAGUGUAUGAAACUGUUACUACACUGCUUGCUAUGUCUUCUUUCAAAGUUGCUGUACAGCUGCAGUCCCUGGCUUUUUAAAAAGAUCACAUUGAGUUUUGGAGGGAGAUUUGAGCAGCAUGGUGAAAGUGCCAGAAGAGUUUCCUGUGAUGUGAACAGAAUUCUGCACCAAGAAGUUUUUCUGGUUUCCCUUUGGUUGGCAACUGUCCUAGUAGCUUUUCUACGCCACAAUCACAUGGAUUAAGUUGUUGAAAAAACAACCCUGCAGCUUGAAUUGAACUGAAAAGGAACACUCUGAAGAUGGCUAUGAAUAAUUCAGUUUCCUCUGUUGUAAGACUCAGAAUGAUUUUAGGUACUGAUGAUUCCUGGUGCAGGAAGGAGUUUGACAUCUUUGACUCAAAAAGUCCCUUGGAAAUUGCCAGAACAGGUCAUUAGUAGUGGACCUAUUACACGAAUCAGAGUUGGGAGAGGUCAUUUACCAUUCCUAAGCUGGAUUGGCUCUUGAAUUUUUUCUGGUGUUCUCUACAUCUGCAGAAUUGCCUAUUGAAGCAACUUCUGUUAGCAACAGCACACCCAAACCAAGGAGCUGUUAUCAGCAUUGUAGGGAACAGUCAUAGCUGUUUCUGCAUAUAUUAAAAUUAUAAUUAUACAGCAGAUAUUUUAAAAAAUCAAAGGUCUUCUUUUUGCGUGCUGUGUAAGUGGGCUUAUUUUUAAUUAGCUAGAAAAGGUAGUAAUUACUUGAGUAGUUUGGUACUACAUAAAUGAAUUAAAGCAAAUCCUAAAUCACCUGCUCAAACUUUACUGACCUCUUAGUGGUUAUUAAAUAAUUUUUAUUUAUCAGUAAUAGCCUGAAACAGUAGUUUCAUGCCAAAACAGCAUGUAAAAUAUGGCAUUUCUAGCAAACUUUAAUUUUAAAUAUCUCUAGUGUUUUAAUAAUUUAGUUGAAACUGUAAUUUUCUGGGAGAUGAAAUGAUCUCCUAACCGUGCUGUGAAGAUUUCUUACAUUUAUUUCAGAAGGGUUAAAAUCAAGUACUGAAUAGUCAAGUCACAUUUGACUGUUUGAUUAGCAAUAGUAAAUGAAGACAAAUAGGUCAAUAAUUAAAUUUAACUUCACUAUAAUGUGUUUCCAUGUAUCAGAAUCAGAAACUAGGUGUUGCUGUAAAUUUAUUUUUCUGUGCAAAUUUGACAGAAAUAGGUGCUGAAUAUUUCUAAAAUAAAUUCCCUUUUUUAGAUUUUGUAUAUCUGUUUUUAUAGGCUCUAAGUAGUUAAGUAGUGUUUUUACCAGUUAAACUAUGAAAUAUUCCCAUGAAUUUUAGGUGUUUUUAAAAUUGCAAAGAAAAAGUAAAUUUUUUUUUUUUUUUGCAUCUGCUGAUAUUUAUUAUUGUGCUUAUUGUAUAAACCACAUUAUUUAAAGUCAAACUUACACAGCAGUGAAAAAUGUCCCAAAGAGCUGAGAUUCAUGUUUUUGUGGGGGCGCCCAGCAUCCCGGGGCUGGAGCCGAGCUGGGCCGCUGCUGGUAAGCGCUGGAGGGAGCUGCGCUGGUUGUGCCGCAGCCCUGGCUCUGUUCCUGCGGGGCCCCGCGCUGCCGCUGCCCCCUCCGUGCCCCAGGCAGGGAGCUCCGCACCCACGGGGGUCCCCGCCAGCGGGGCCCGAGCUCAGCAGGGCACGGCCAGGGCUAAAGAAGGAAAAGAUUUGCCAGCUCCUGCCCCUGUGGCGCUAAACUGCGCGCCUAAAAAGAGCCCAGGUUUAACUUGCUCUGAUUGUGAGGAACCCAAAGACAGAAUUGCAGAUGUAAAUCAGGCUGCAGAUCAGCACCUGCCCCAGGGCUGUGCAGAGUCAGCUGGACAAGAGAAGCCAUCAGGUGCCUGCUGCCCAGAGCUCACUGAGAUAAAAGCCUGUCCUCCAGAAGAUGACAGCACCAACAUUUCUGCUUUGGUUGCCAGCACUGAGCAGGUCAGCAUCCACCUGCAGUCUGUGGGACUUGAGGCAGCUCACAGAAGUGAGCAUCAUGAACAUCUGAGUCAGGGUAUGGAUGUGCUUUUCCAAAAAGGUCAGGAGUCCAAGCCAAAAGAGCCAAAUGACUGUGCAGGCUUUGCAGUGUCAGCAGACACUGAGUUUCGUAGUGUCGUGACUUUGAGUCGGGUGGCUGUUUCUGCACAGGAUGAGAUGCAGGAAAGAAUUGUAAAACUAUCAGAAAUAGAAGCAGGCAAAAAAGCUGAAGAAGGACAGUAUGAUCACUUCCAGUGUGAUUCUGGUGUUGGAACAUGUACUACUACUGUUACUGAAAAUGAGUAUGAGGAAGAGGAUGCGAGUUCACUUGAACUCUUCAGUUCUGAGGAUGAUGGGGAAAAUGUUUCUAUUAAAGCUAUAAAACAGGAAGAAAGUGCUCAGGAAAAUGCAGAAAAGCUUCAGGAACUUAAUGUUCCUGCUGAGGAACUUGUAAAUGAAAUCCAUAUAGAGCCAUUGAGCUCUGGGACACUGUGCUCUCAAGGGAGCUGUUCUCACAAGAACUUUUCUAAAAGACCCCGCAAGCAUGAAGAUUCCUUUCAUCUUUCUCACUCAGCAUUUAGAAGACAGCUGAAAUCCAAGAGAGCUAAACUGAAUUCUUCUCCACCUGGUUCUGGGGUGAGAGUGGAUCCAGACAGGAUGGCAGAGUUCAAGAAACUCCAAAAGAAACUAUCACAACUUAAAAAUUGCUGCAGCAAAAAUCAAAAGUACAAUAUUUUGGUUGCAGUCGUACAUCCUUGUCAUAUCAAAGAAAUACAGAAGAAGACUAAACCAAAAUCUUCAUGUAAAGUUCCUGUGGCAACAAUUGUUGUUACUGACGAGUCAGAAAUUGAGAGAAAGGUGGUGCUGUGGCGUGAUGCUGCAUUUUGGUCCCUCACUGUGUUUCCUGGGGAUAUUGUACUGCUUACAGAUAUAAUAAUGUAUGAGAACCCUUGGUGUGGAGAGGUCAUGCUUCAGUCAACAUUUACCAGUCAGUUACUGAAUCUGGGGAACUGCUCAGCUCUCAAUGCAGAAAAAUUUUAUUCUCUAGUGGAUGAUGGUGUUCUGCAUGGCUUAUUGGCAUACCUAUCAUCAGAAUUUCCACACUUCAGAGACAUUCCACAAAGACAAGUUCAGAGACUGGAUGAUGUUCGGUAUGUGCAGCUAGAUCAGCUCCAGCCCAAUACUUUGGUGCACUCAAUCCUGAAAAUUAUCAAUAUUUCUGUGUUAACAGAAUCUGUGUACAGCUACAGAGGUGGCAGCCAAAGAAAAAUUAUUCUAACAGUAGAACAGAACAGAGAUCAACACUAUAGGAUGGUUCUGUGGGGAGCAGGGGCUGCCUGGUACCCCCAGCUUCAGAGGAAAAAAGACCACAUAUGGGCCUUCAAAUACCUUUUGGUCCAGUGUAGUUCUGUCUCAGGUGACCUGGAACUUCACACUACUCCAUGGUCAUCCUGUGAGUGCUUGUUUGAUGAUGAUAAAAGGGCAGUUGAAUUUAAAGAGAAGUUUCAGAAAAGUCAGACAUCCCUCAUGGAGUUGACAAGGCUCUCAGCACUCCUGGAUGAAAAAUGCUCAGGAGUGGUCCAAGUGAAAGCCCAUAUCUUGGAACUGAAAUUUACCAUUUCCACUGGUCAGUACAAGCAACUCAUCUUCUCUGCUGACACUUCCCUGGAAUGUGUUUUGGCUUCUCUGCCUAUGAUUACAUAUUCAGGUUGUGCCAAAUGUGCUUUGGAACUAGAGGCAGAUGAGAACAUGAUCUAUAAGCAAUGUAUUAGAUGUCUGCCAUACAGCAAAGUAAAAACAUUCUACAGACCUGCUUUGAUGACAGUAGAAGAUGAAGGACAUGAAAUUUAUGUUCAUGUGGUGUCUGAGUUGAUGGAAAAAAUCUUCCUCAAUAUUCCUGCAGACUGGCUGAAGAGAUCAGUAGUGCCCUCUUCAGAUAUAACCUACAGCGCAAUAGUAGCAGAUCUGUGUCAUUCACUGCUGGCAGAUACAGAAGCAUCCUAUUUGUUGGAAAUCAGAAGCCACUUUGUGCUAGAUGAGAACAGCUAUCCUUUGCAAAAGGAUUUCCAUCUGCUGAAUUUUCAUCCUGAUCUUUGACCUCUGCACUAAUUGAGUAACAAAGACCAUAAGGACACACAGAUGGGAAGCAGAAGAAAAAUUACUUAGCUGAAGGAAGCAAAUCUCUUAAAAACUAUAAUAAAGGAUUUUGGUUUUAACUUAUGAAAAAAACAAAACUAUUAAGAGGACUGGUAUUGAAUAUCUGCUAAUAGUAUAUACUGCUGGAGUAAUUCUGAUGAAUUUUAGUAAGAUAUAUUUUUAUACAUGCAUAAUAUAUUUUUAUACAUGCAUAUUUGUGUUAAUAAUGAUGUUAAUAAACUCCAACAAUUUCUUCCAUAUCUGUUUUCCUUUUUCUCCUCAGAAAAGUUCACUACUGUUGUGAGAGACUGAAUUUUCCUGAGACCUGGCAUAUUAGAGGAAGACAGAAUUCACUAAUAUUUUAGUUACUCAGUUUUUAUUUAUCUUAUCCCAUAUGCUAUCUGGAGCUUGGUGGUUUUGUUUGCUGUUGUGGUUGCUCUCCUUACUUUUAACAGCAGAAUUUUUGCCAUUAACCUCAGCAAUUUUGCUGCUGCUCUUUUCUCUUGUAAAACAGAACUGGUUUGUAAUCAUUCCACCUCCUUCAGCUCAAGGUAAGUUGCAAGCACAGGAUCA